AUGGAGUAUUUCAUGGUGCCCACUCAGAAGGUGCCCUCUUUGCAACAUUUCAGGAAAACAGAGAAAGAAGUGAUAGGAGGGCUCUGUAGCCUGGCCAACAUUCCACUGACCCCUGAGACCCAGCGGGACCAGGAGCGGCGGAUCCGGCGGGAGAUCGCCAACAGCAACGAGCGGCGGCGAAUGCAGAGCAUCAACGCCGGCUUUCAGUCCCUCAAGACCCUCAUUCCCCACACAGACGGCGAGAAGCUCAGCAAGGCGGCCAUUCUUCAGCAGACGGCUGAGUACAUCUUCUCGUUGGAGCAGGAGAAGACCAGGCUUCUGCAGCAGAACACACAGCUUAAGCGCUUCAUCCAGGAGCUGAGUGGCUCAUCCCCCAAGCGGCGGCGGGCAGAGGACAAGGAUGAGGGCAUCGGCUCGCCGGACAUCUGGGAGGACGAGAAGGCUGAGGACCUGCGGCGGGAGAUGAUCGAGCUGCGGCAGCAGCUGGACAAGGAGCGCUCGGUGCGCAUGAUGCUGGAGGAGCAGGUGCGCUCACUGGAGGCCCACAUGUACCCAGAGAAGCUCAAGGUGAUCGCACAGCAGGUGCAGCUACAGCAGCAGCAGGAGCAGGUCCGGCUGCUGCACCAGGAGAAGCUGGAGCGGGAGCAGCAGCACCUGAGAACUCAGCUCCUGCCCCCUCCGGCCCCCACCCACCACCCCACAGUCAUCGUGCCGGCACCAGCGCUCCCUCCUUCCCACCACAUCAACGUCGUCACCAUGGGCCCCUCCUCGGUCAUCAACUCUGUUUCCACGUCCCGGCAAAAUCUGGACACCAUCGUGCAGGCAAUCCAGCACAUCGAGGGCACCCAAGAGAGACAGGAAGAGGAGCGGCAGGCGGUCAUUGUGAAGCCUGUCCGUACUGGCCCCGAGGCCCACGCCUCGGACACCGCCUCCGACUCGGAGACCUCCGACAGCGACACCAUGGACCAGAGUCGGGAGGAGCCGUUGGGGGACGGGGAGCUUCCCUGA